AUGAGCUCGACACAAGAAUGUACGCUAAACGCAACGUCGCCGCCAACUAUCUUUUCGCCAAGAAGUGACGCCGAAAUCUUUACACAAGUUACAGUGCUUGUUAUUAUUUGCGUCGGCAGCGUUUUUGGAAACGCUUUCGUCGUAGGAAUUAUCAUCUCCAACUACAAACUACACAAGCCGACCUACUACUUCAUAAGCAGCCUAGCCGUUGCCGAUUUUCUCGUUGGGGCCCUUUACAUUCCUUUUUACAUCGCAUCUUCAGUCGCUCGUCACUGGCAGCUGUCUUUCGCUUGGUGUAAGUGGCACGCAGCCUUUAUUUCACUGAGUGUGAACGCCUCGCUCAUGACUCUGUGUUUGGUAAGCGUGGAUCGGUUUCUCGCGAUAACAGAUCCUUUGAGGUAAGCUUGUCCAAACCCAAUUAAUUUGGGAGCUUAAGUAACGACAAGGGCGACGGCAGCGAGAACAGCAAAAAAGCAAUAGGUUUGUAUUAGCAAAACAACUUUGCACGUGUAUCACGCUUUUUUGUGCAUUUCUUAGCCCUCGUUGCACUACAACAACGUCAGUGAAAUUUCCCGUUCUCUCGUUUUGUCGAGGGCGGGAACACAAGACAACAACUUUCUUUUUCUUUUUCUAUUUGAUCAUAUUUACAUGUAUUUUGCGCAAUAUAAAUAUGAAAUUAUUAUUAUUAUUAUACAGUUCUUUAGAAUUCAACUAAAAAUUGGCCCGCAUUUGACGUAUUGAACGAGAUGGAAUAGGCGCGAUAAAGUUUGAGACAGCGCGAAUUCACCCAAAUGACGUUUUCGUGGCCGUCGCCAUCGUUGUUGCAGCAUCGAACGAACGAAUUCAUUCAAACCAAGCAAAAAUAUAAUAAACGCACAGUUAAAGCUAUAUGACUGUAAACCACGUCUACUCAAAAUCAAUUAAACACACUACAUAUAUUUUUAACCAUAUAAAGGUGCAAAGCGCAAGCAAUAUUUCUUUAGCCUGCUUAUUAGCUGCAGUUGUGUGGGAUCGAACAAAAUGUUUCUAUGACAUAUUGUCGUUAAAAUACUUUGUUAUAUUUUGUUGUGGAAACGACAAGCAUAAGUUUGAUUCAGAUGACAAAAGUACAGCAAAAAAGAGAACUGAACAAGACUGAAAUUUAUCUUACAUCAUUAACUUUUGAACACUUUCUAAAAGUCACCGACCGACCCUUAAGGUUGAUUUCAAUUUUCGAAAAAUCAACUUUCUUCCAGGUUCGAUGUGCUCUAGCUAGACAGCGAGACCAACCAUAGCCAUUCUUCCGAUCAAAUACCAAUGAUUGGUUUACACAUACGAUUGUAGCGCGCGUAAGAGCAAGAAAUACUCACAGAGACAAAGGAUCUCAUGUUAAACGUGUUGUCGAGUUUUUAUGACCCUUCCGACUUAUUUCAGUAAGCCAGGACUAAGAAAACACUCCCAGAAAGAAAAAAGAAAGGUCAUUACUACGUCCGCCCAAGCCAGAAAAAGGGAAGUUGUUACUAGCCUUAAUCAUAUCCGUGCAAAAAAAAGACAAGCUCAUGUUUAUAUUUGUUGUCACCGGUAUUUCCCUCAUCCUGAAGAAAUUACCGGGCUUAUUUACUCAAGUUUUGUUAUCACCUACUUUGAAACAUUUCAAAGGCAAUGAUAAAACGAGGGUUUUGCUAUCGUCUUUGCAACUUAAUUACCAAUUCAGAUGUAAAUUAACCUUCGAAUAGGUGUCAUUAUUUUAGAAAUAUAUUACACGUUCGCCCAUAGAUACGGUCUUUGGAAGGGAGCUUUUAAGUGUUAGCAGAUAGCCUGGUGCAAAUUAAAUUCGUCUGUAAUUUCAGUAACUCUUGGCUUUUUGAUCAAAGCAGAUAAAGGUAUUAAUGAAAACGGAAAGAGGGGCUUAAGGAUACAAGCAGUAUUUAAACACCUCAGAAAAUUAAUAUUGUCCCUAGCUUCCGCUAGCUUCUAGCUUCAGCAAUACUUCCUAGUGGUAUUAACUGUUGGCCGCUCAAUAUUUUGCAAGAUGUCCUAUUUUUUCAUGACUUUUUACAAAGGAGGAUAUUUUACUAUGACUUCCUACGAAGUCUGAGGCUCGAUUAAGUUAGAAAAUGCGGUUUAAAGGUUUAAAGAAAAACAAAAUGAAAACUAAGAUAGGAAAAGAAUGAUGUUUAAAGCAAAGUCUGUCGAGAGUUGUGGAUUUAUUUUGCGGCUGACUAUGAGGAAAUGACUAUAAAAAAAAAUUCGCAGCGAAACGUAAACUUCCAGUUAUAAGCACUUGGCUUAACUGAGAGGGCACGAGACUAAAAAAAAGCGCGGUUUCAAAACAAGCUACAUAGCAGCGCUGAUCCAAAUAUUUUUGAAUUUACUCGCUUUUUUAAGCUUCAAAACAGUAUAAAAAUCGAAUUCAUUUCAAAACAUGCUAGAGGGGGAGGGGGGCUUAUACCCGAGAGGCUUAUAACCGGAUGUUUUUUUUCUUUGUUUGCAGGUAAACAAUAACUGGUGUUGGGGGGUAUAAGCGGAAGUUUACGGUAUAAUAUCAACAGAACAAAAAAUAAAUAAAUUUUCAGUUUUUAAUUGCAAUCGUAUUUCAAAAACAAGCAACAGACGAAUUAGAAUUGAUUUUGAUUCCCAGGCAGAGGAGUUGCAGAGUGAUAAACUGAAAAUUAAUGGAAAUUAAGCAAAUAAACGGACAUAUUCCACACAAGUUAAUUUAUUAUUAACAAAGUAUUUCUUAUUCUCCUAGAUACCAGACCACACUUACCACUCGUCGUUCAGCGCUGUUACUGCUGGGGGGCUGGAUCCACUCUAUCCUCUGGGCCGUUUCACCGCAGUUGGGCUGGGGCGAGGUGGUGUAUGAUUCCAAGACCUCCACUUGUCGUCCAAACUGGGGUGCGCGAGGACUGGGUAAUAGGUUGUAUGCCCUUGGCCUUGCUCUGUUUCCCUUUGCUGUUCCAGUGGUUUGCAUGGUGUAUUGCUACUGUAGAAUAUUCUGUGUUGCCAGACAACAUAUCAAGAGCAUUAAAAAGAAUUCGGUGCAGAGCUCGGGCUCUAAUGCGUCUUACCAAAGAGCUAUGGAAACAAAAGCCAUGAAGACACUGCUGCUAGUAUUGGGGGCGUUUGUUGUGGCAUGGCUCCCUUACACCGUGUCUUCUAUUGUUACCAUGACGACCAAAGGAACAUGGGAUAUCUCCAUAAGUGGUCUGAACGCAGUGCUCACGAUCACUACUUUGAAUGGCUGCGUGAAUCCGGUGAUCUACGGCAUCAGAGACCAGCGGUUUCGCUCGGGAGCGAGAAGGGUGCUAUGUCCCCAGUCAUCAAGGGGUGCUAGAGAUUUCAACAGCUACGCAUCAACAAAGAGACCCACGAACACACAAAUACAAGAGAAUGUUGAGCUAGGAAACAUCAACUUCGCUCAAGAGCAUUGA